AUGUCGGUAGAUAAAAGUGCGUCGUCGUCUUUGCCUUCACCAUCGACGACGAAAAGAAGUGAAUCGGAAAAUGAUCAAGAAGAAUUUUUUUACGGUGAAGAAGGUGAAGAAGGUGAAGAAGGUGAAGAAUACGCUUACGAAAAUGAAGAAUUAUCAUUAGUAGAAGAAGAACACGAAGAAAUCGAAGAAAUUGUUUACAACGCCGAUGAAUACAUAUCGAAACCUUAUCUAUCACCACGUUGUACAAUACCGGAAGGGAUUUUAAAAUUCAAUUAUUCUUACGGUUACGAUUGUCAUAAAUUAUUUAAUAUUUGCGUACCGCAAAAUGAUUUGAUUAUAUAUUCAUCUGGAAGUUUAAUACAUUUUUAUAACGUUUUAACUGGAGAAAAAACAUUUAGAAGGUGUUAUACCGGAGGUGGAGUCGGUCAUAUAGCGAAAAAUCCUGUGUAUCCUCACUUAGCGGUCGGGGAAAAGGGUGUAAAUCCUUAUAUAAUAAUUUACGAAUGGCCAUCUUUAGAAAUAGUGACCGUACUUUCCGGUGGUACUAAAAUAGCAUUUACGUAUCUGAAUUUCAGUCCAGAUGGAGAACUUUUAUUAUCUCAGGGUCAUUAUCCGGAUUACACUUUGACCAUUUGGAACUGGAAAAAAAGAAAAAUAAUGUUGCGUUCUAAAGCCUACAAUCACACAGUUUUUAACACUCGGUUUUCUUUGUACGUUCCUGGUCAUUUAACAUCGAGCGGCGUGAGUCACAUAAAAUUUUGGAAAAUGAAUCAAACUUUUACCGGUUUGAAACUUCUCGGGGAACUUGGAAGAUUUGGUAAAACGGAAAUAUGCAAUGUAAUUGGAUUUUUGGCACUCCCCGAUGAGAAAGUCUUGUCUGGUUCCGAUUGGGGUAAUAUUUUAGUUUGGGAUGGAGGCCUUAUAAGAGUCGAAGUCUUCAGAAGAGGAAAAAAUUUCUGUCACGAAGCUCCGAUCACGCAAAUCAUAUAUAACAAUGGAGAUUUGACGACAAUCGCCAUGGAUGGAACGAUAAAAUUUUGGUAUUAUGAAACCAUUGAAUUAGCAGAUCCGACGGAAGAAGAAAAAUUUAUCGAAGUAGAUCCGAUAUUCGAACUCCAAGUUGGUGAUUAUUAUCACAAAGCAAAACUUUUGGUCAUCGAACAAGCCACUAAUAAAAGUCCAAACAAUUUAUGGUACGGUCAGGAUGGAAAUGGCGGUAUAUGGGAAUUAGAUCUUUCCAAAAGCACUUCGGCAAAACCGCCGUCAAUGAUUUUGCAAUCUCAUUCAGGAACGGUUGCAGCCAUUCAAGCCAGUCCUUAUUCUCCUCAUUUGGCAUCAUUAGGAGAAGAUGGAAGAUUUUUCAUUUAUGAUUUAAAAAAUAAAAAUUUAAUGUUAAAAAAAGAAUUUUUAGCUGGAGGUUAUUCUCUCCUUUGGUUACCACUGACGGUUGAAAAUUCGGGUAAUGUUCUCAUCGGAGGAUUUACAGAUGGCGUAAUUAGAGUUAUUUGCGUUUCCAUAAUGGAAUAUAUAAACAAAGUACCAUCGCCAACUGGAGAUUACAUAAAUUUAAUACAAGUUUUAAAACCGCACACGAAAUGCGUUACCGUUAUAACAAUGAAUCCGAAACAAAAUUUAAUUGUCACAGGAAGUAACGAUUGUACAAUUUUUUUGUUUCAAAUAAUUCAAAAAAAAGAAUUUGUAAGAUUAUUACCCAUCGGUUACGUUCCCGUCAUGGGAGAAGUAACUCAUUGUGCUUGGAAACCUCGAAGAGAUGCUACAAUUCUGAUUUCUUGUAAAAAUGGUACCUUUAUAGAAAUCGACCUUCCGCAAGAACCAGAUUUUCCCGACCCGACAUCUUAUUUCCUCGAUAAUCUUCCUUAUCACAAGCGAAGCUUUGUCAGUAUUAAAAGCGAAGUGAGAAGAAACAUAAGAAGGGAUGAAAUUUUAGAAGAGAGAAAAAAGGUUUUGGAAGAAAAAAAAAGAGAAUUAAAAGAAAAAGCGGAAUCUUCCGGAACUCAAGUGGAUCAAGCCGUUCUUGAGGCUUUAAAGGAAGAGCUUGAAUCGGUUGAACCAGACUUACCGGAAAUACACAUUCCCAAAAUUCCGAGUCCGAUUUUGUUUGCAACUUAUGUCGGAAAAUCCAUUUGGUUAUCGAUGGGUGGCUACGAUGCGGGAUACAUGUACGAAUAUAACUUAAAUACUGAAGGACCGACGCAUUUUCAAAUGAUACCAGAUGCGGAUGAUAUUGAAAUAACUACUUAUUAUUAUUAUCAUAAUAAUAAAUAUCUCAUUCUCGGAAUGGGUGAUGGUAAAAUUCGAAUUGUUAAAAUCGAUCAGACGGAUUAUAGAAAUUUAAGAGAUUAUUGGUCGCUAUCAAUGCACGACUGCGAAUACGGUACGAUAAAACAAAUAUGUUUUAAUUACAAUGGUUCGAUUAUGUUUAGUUGCGGCGUAGACGGAAACAUAUUUUCUUAUAAUUUUCAUCCUGAAAAUAACGAUUACAAACCGGUUAAUUUAGAAUAUUUGUCCAUGAAAGGAUUUCCGAAAGAAUUUAGUUCGGAUAUUGAUGAUUCCGAAGCUCCAAGUUUAGAACAAGUUAAAAAUCAAUUGGAAAGCGAAGAAAAAUUAAGAGAUGCUAACGCUUAUAAGAGAGAACUAACGGAAACUCUUAAAGGUUUGGAAAAAAAAUUCGAAGGAGUUUUACGUAGAAAUUCUAAACUUCCGCCCUCUCAACAACUAACGCCGGCCGAACUUAUAAUCGACGAUAGAAUCGAAGAAGAUUUGGCAAGUUUUUUAGAAAAAGAAAUGGAAAGUGUUAAAUUUAAACUCGCUUGGACGGUUGAAAAAAGUCGUCUCCAACAUGAAAAAUUAAAUAAUUAUUAUAUAAAAUCCAUUGAUCAUCAUUUGAUAAAAGUUUGCGGAGUAAAUAAUCAAGACAUAUACGCGGAAACUUUCAGACUUCAAAAUUUGGGCUCGGAUUUUGAUAAUCUUAAAGAUUUAGUCUCGCAAAAAUUAGAAGAACAAGAAGCUAAAGGCAGAGCACAAGCCAGGAUAAUAUCUGAAGAAGAAAUUGUUGAAACUAUCAUGAGACGUCCAAAUCCGGUCGAAGGAAUAUUAAAACAAAUAAUGGUCAUUUGUGGAGAUUACGAAAAAAAUAUUAAACUUCGAAGACUUCUUAGAAAGUACAAAGAAAGAAAAGACAAAUUGGAAAAUAGAAGGAUUGAAUGGUAUGAAAUGAUGAAAAAAAAACCGAAUCCGAACAAACCGGAUCCGGAAGAUGUUGCUUUAAUAGAGCUUGCCAAAGAAACAGUCGGAGAUUAUCAACUUAAAACGUCCAAUGAUUAUAAAGUAGCUAAGAAAAAAAGAAUAACCACCGUUCACGUCUACGGUAAACUAUUAGAAACAAAAGAAAAAAUAUAUAAAUUAAAAAAAGACUUUAAUGAAAAAGUUUUGAAUUUGAGAGAAAGAAAGAAAAAUAUGAUCGAGCGUCACGAACAAUUACGUGACGUUUUAUUAGAAAUAGCCAAAGAAAUACCCAAAGAGAAAAUUCGGUAUCCUCCCAAACUCCCGACUUACGACGAAAAUUUAGAAUAUCCCGAAAAAAGAUUCGAACACACUCUAUCGGGAAUAAUGGAAGAGCUGCCCAAACGUUACAAGGGAAUUUUUAAAAGUGAAAUACCGAAAAAAAAAGAAAUUAAACUUUUGGAUAAAGAAUACGAAAUGUUGAUUUUAGAAAAGAAAAAUAAUAAAUCCGCGGAAACUUUCGAAAUGAACGCCAUGAAAUUUACUGGUAUAACUGGAUCCAAUAACGUACACGAACUUAUAGAAGCAAGUAAAGAUGAUCUUGUAAUGACGACAUGGGAAAAAGAAUGUAAAAAACUAAGGGUUAUAAAAAGAUUAUUUGAACAAGAUUCGAUUAUCGAAGAAAUGGAUGCCAGCAUUCGGGAAUUUGACGAAACGAUAAAUAUUUUGAACGAAGAAAGGUAUCAAGUCGAAAUAGACAUCGAGUUUCUUGAAUUGUUUGUUUUGACACUUCAUCAGGAAGUUCUUAUUUUGAAAAAAUUUGAAGCAGCCGAAGAGGAAAAAGAAAAUAAAUUAUUUAACAAACUACGCGAAAGACACGAAACGCAAAAAAAAUUGAACGAAAUUAAUAGCAAAGUAGAAGGUAGAAAUAGAGAAAUUCGAAGGUGCGAAGAAGAAAUUAAAAAUUUGGAAACCAUGUUUCAUUCGACAACCGCUGACAAUAAAUUUUACGACUUUUUAAGAAGGAUUUUUAAAAAAAAAUAUCGGCCACCCAAAGUGAAAACGGAAGAUUCAGAUUCCGAGUCGGAAACGGAAUCUUCAUCUUCGUCCGAAGAAGAAGAUGCUAAAAGUUUGGACUCAAAAGAUCUCGGACCCAUUCGUUUAGACGAAUCCGUUUGUCCUCCGGGAUGCGAUCCCAAUCUUUACGAUUGGACAUUCACUCAACGUUCGGCUCGUCACACACUAGAAUUAAACAUAAUGGAAGAAAAAAAACAAAUCGAAUCUCUUCGAAAAGAAAACGACACUCUUGUUAAAAAAAUUAGACGAAUCGAAGGAGAAUAUCAAGUGUGUAAAGACGAUUUGGAAGAAUACGUGAGAGAUAAGCAAAGAAAUUUGAACGAAGUAAAUACCGUAGUGGUAUUAAGGUUAAAUCAAAUUCAAAAUUUCAAAACGGAAUAUGAAAUUGAAAAUCUAUCAGAAUCAGUACUUUUCCCAUCUUUAAAACUCACGAGUUUAAAUAAAAGAAUAGUUGAAUUAGACAAAGAAACUCAAAUGGAAAAACAAAAACACGAAAAAAAUCGUCUCCACUUAACGAGAAUAAAAAUAGACGUGCAACACAUGAAAAAGCAAAUUUCAAAUUUGACGAAAGAGAUCGAAGAGGAAAUGAUAAGAAAAUUUGGAAGCAAGGUUAACAUGGACGAUAUAGAAGAAUCGCUUUUAAAAAGGCUCGUCGCCGAAAUGCACAGCAUUAUUUUAGAAUUGGAUAGAAAUUUUGAAAAAAAAUUAAAGGAAACCAGAGACAAGUUGAUUGAAAAAGAAAACCAAUAUGUCAGAAAACUACAGGAAAACACGGACAAGAACAAUUUGUUAACGGUUCUCCAAGAGCAAAAAACAAAAAUCCGUGACGAAAUCGAACGACAAAGUAAAAUGUUGUGUUACGAAGUUCAAACAGACGAAGAACUCGAUGAGGACAUUGAAAACCUUAAAAAAAUAACCAAAUCGCAACAAUUGAAAAUCGAUGAAUUAAAAGCGGAAAUAGCAUUGCUCAGGUUAAAAGUUAAACCUAAACCACCCUUCGUCAAAGAAUCGGAAUUUCUAAUCAAUUCCCAAAUAAAAAGUUGCGAAGAAAGUUUAGAACAAAUAGAUGAAAAAUAUAAAGAAGAAUUGAGGAGCAUGUUCGAAGAAGCAAAGGAAAUAUUAAAAGAUAUAAAAUCGGGGAAUGUACACGAAUUUGAUGAAAAAAGAAUGAGAAAACUCACCAGUGACAUGUUGGAAAAACUUCCGGAGACUUGCAAAGAGAAAGUCGUCAGCGUUUUGGUCAGAAAUUCUACUGUUGAAGAACCACUAUCGAAGCAAUGUGCUCGAGGAAUUCUAAUUGAAAUUAUAAGAACUUUAAGCACGGAAUCCUUUAUAGAAGCAAUGACUACAGUUAAAGAAGUAAUUGAAUCCAUAUUUGCGCAGUUUGAAAUGGCCGCUUUUGAAUCCAUGGAAGCCCAGUAA